CUUCACGUUCGUCGAGUAAGAAAUCACAUUCCUGUUUCUCACUCGUGAUAAAUCAUACCUGACUUUGUUUAGAUCUUUAUCAUUUAAGAAUAUUUGUUUGUGGUUAGUCUGUAAGGCUAGUUUCAUUACACUUUCUUCAGUUUGGAGUCAUGCUGUGACUUUAUCCGCGUGUACGAUGGUCCGACUGCUCAGCAUUCACUUUUGGGCUCUGUGACUGGAAAUCAGACAGCUACCUUCAACUCCAGCAGCAGAUACAUGACCGUCAUUUUCUCCACUGACCGCAGCGUGACUCGACAAGGUUUUCAAGCAGAAUGGACUUUCAUAGGUGGAGUUCCAUGUGGUAGAGAUCUGACCCAGUCACGAGGGGAGUUUUUCAGCCCCAAUUAUCCCAAUGAUUAUCCUAAUGAUGUCCAUUGUGUAUGGAGGCUACAGAGUCCCAGCUGGCAGAUUGUUUCACUAAAUUUCACAUUUGUUAAAUUGGAAAUGGACUGGGAUUUCAUCACUGUGUAUGAUGGGCCAACUGAUCAGGGUCCACCUUUGGGCAUUGUGACUGGAAAUCAGGGAAAUUCAUUCAGUUCCAGCAGCAGAUACAUGACGGUUGUUUUCCACAGUGAUUCCUCAUGGACAGAAAAUGGCUUUCGAGCAGAAUGGCGUUUCUUAGAUGAAGCUCCAUGUGGUGGAAAUCUGACACAAUCACAAGGAGAAUUCUUCAGCCCCAACUUCCCACAUAAUUAUCCCAAUAAUGCUAAGUGCACAUGGAGGCUGCAGGGUCCUGAGCAGCAGGUGGUUUCAUUAACCUUCACAUUUGUUGAUUUGGAGUCAACCUGGGACUCAGUACAUGUGUACGAUGGUCCGACUAAUGAGGAUCCACAAUUGGGUGCUGUGACUGCAAAUCAAAUGAAGUCAUUCAACUCCAGCAGCAGAUACAUGACUGUCGUUUUCUCCACUGACCGCAGCGUGACUCAGCAAGGCUUUCGAGCAGAAUGGACUUUCAUAGGUGGAGCUCCAUGUGGUGGAACUCUGACUCAGUCACAAGGGGAAUUUUUCAGCCCCAAUUAUCCCAAUAAUUAUCCCAAUUACGCAAACUGCACAUGGAGCCUGCUGGCUGGAGAACUGCAGGUGGUUUCGUUAAACUUCAAGUUCGUCAAGUAA